UGGCAAACCCCAGCACCACGCGGUGGGGGUGCAAGGAGGAGUGGGGUGAAGUUUCCAGCCUUGAGCCUCCUUUUCCUCAUCCCUUUGCCGGGCUGGGCAGGAAAACGGCCGGGACACAGCCUGAGGUGUGGCGUUGGCCGGGGAAGAGGAGGAGGAAGAGGAGGAGGGAGGAAGGCGGGCCGGGCCGUGUGGGGUGGGGGCUGCAGCUCUCAUCGCCCCCGGGAUUCAGCUGUUCCGAUCGGACGCACCAUGAGCAACCUCGACGGGGAGGCGGAGAGCGGGACCCCUCCGGUAGAGAGCGGGACCCAUCCAGUAGAGACCGGAACCCCUCUGGUGGGGAGCGGGGACCUCCCGGUGCUGCCCCCAGACUACGAACUGACCGGCAAGGUGAUGUUACUUGGAGACUCAGGCGUGGGGAAAACCUGCUUCCUGCUCCAGUUCAAAGACGGGGCCUUUCUCUCCAGGAUGUUCAUAGCCACCGUGGGCAUAGAUUUCCGGAACAAAGUGGUGGCUGUGGAUGGCGUGAAGGUGAAGUUGCAGAUCUGGGACACUGCAGGCCAGGAGCGUUUCCGCAGCGUCACCCACGCCUACUACAGGGAUGCUCAAGCCUUGCUCCUGCUGUACGAUAUCACCAGCAAGAUGUCCUUUGACAACAUCCGUGCCUGGCUGACCGAGAUCCAUGAGUAUGCCCAGAAGGAUGUGGUCAUCAUGCUGCUGGGCAAUAAGGCCGAUGUGACCAGUGAGCGGGCUGUGAGGACAGAAGAUGGAGCAUCACUGGCCAGGGAGUACGGGGUGCCUUUCAUGGAGACGAGCGCCAAAACGGGCAUGAACGUGGAGCUGGCCUUCCUGGCCAUUGCCAAGGAACUGAAGGACCGCACGCUGCAGCCCCCGGACGAGCCCCGCUUCCAGAUCCACGACUACAUCGAGUCACAGAAGCAGAGAUCUGGGUGCUGUGCCUUCUCCUGAGAGCAGCCAGGAGGAGCCAGCAGCCCCAGGGGUGCAGGAAGGUGGGAGGCAGGGUAGGGGCCCAAUCCUGCCCUCGAGCACCCGAGGAACCCGGGCUCUGCCAAGCCAGGCGUGGAUGGGGAGAGACACGUGCACGAGGAGAGGGAUCAUCCUGACUCCAGGAUCCAGGGGCUGAAUCCUGCUGCCCUGCAGAGCCCUGUCUGGAGCUCACCAGGUGCCACGGGAGGAAGAAUGGUGGUGUGAUGCCUGCCAGCCUGGCCAGCAAGCCCUGGUGAUGCCUCCAGACCUGAGCACACUGCAGGAUGUGGCCCCGUGCCCUGCCAAGAGACCCCUGGAGAGGCCACAGCCAGGUCCCCCACAGCCCUGGCCCUCCCCUGCAGCCAUCCCUGCUUUCAGCACUGCACUCCCUGGGGAUUCUGGGCUCUGCUUUCCCUCCAAGGAGCCUCAUCUCUUCCUCCUGGGGCUGCCCCACACUCAGCCGUGGCUCUUCACUGCUGCAGUUGCUGCUCUUGGCUUUUAUCCUUCUGCCACCAUGAGGGCACUGAUGUCCCCAUUGUAUCCAAGCCUGGGCUUGGGAAGUGCCUGGCCAAGCCAGCUCCCUGCUCCUGAGCUGCUGUGAGAAAUACAACUCCCCUGGGAGCACCCAAGCUGUGCUUGGGGCACUUCUAGUACACAUAGAAAUGUGAAAACCCCCUCAUUUCCCCCCUCUUCUAGCCACAGGA